GCCAUGUUACUUUUUUGAGCACUAGGUUUUGAAAUCCUCAUCGAUCUCUUCUUUUAUUUUUAUCUUUUUCUUAAUUCCUAAAGAUUUUCACUGUGGUGACUGGAUAAUGGCAAUCUUGGUGGUGUUCCUUGUAUUAUUUCUGAUUAACCCAGGUGUUUCACAGACAAACAACAGCCAAAACGAUAUUAACACACCCAUCAGAUCAUUCUGUGGUCGUAACCCUCCGAUAAUUCUAUCAAAUUUUGUCAACAACCGCAAUUCUACCCUAGCUGAGAUCAGAAGAAAACUUUCAAGCAACGAUGUCUUCUAUGCUACAGCAGAGAGUUUAUCAGAAGGAGACUCGGUCUUUGGAGCUGCCCAGUGCAGAAACUACCUCUCCGCAGCUCAGUGUGUGGCUUGUUUUGAUGCGGGCGUGUCUCAACUAAUCAGCUGCCUUACUGGCAAUGGCGCUUAUGUUUUCUUGGAUAACUGCUUUGUCAGGUACGAGAACUAUAACAACUUCUACACUAACCCAGAUGCGGUCGAGGAUGUCGAUGCCACUCCAAAGACCUCUAAUUUCUAUGUAGCAUCCAUAAGGAAAAUCACAAAUGGAAAUGGAACUGUGUAUGCGAUUACACAGUGUGUUGAAAAUACAAGCCAGACCAUAUGCCAAAACUGCAUCAAUGCAGCAUAUAACGAUCUAUCUAAUUGUCUUCCUAAUACUGAAGGAAGGUCUAUCUACAUGGGUUGUUUUUCAAGGUAUUCAGAGAAUCCGUUCUUCAAUGAUAACCAAACAAUAGACAUCACAAAUCUCUUAAAAGGGCAUUCAAGUAAUGUACCCAAAAUUGUUGGAGCAAUUGGUGGUGUAGGUCUUCUAUUUAUUUUGAUCGUUUCUUGGUUAUUGAUUCGACUAUGGAAGAAGUCUAAGAAGACAGAAGAAGGCGAACCAGAUCUGGACAGGGGAAUUAACUACAAUUUUAAACAGCUACAAUCAGCAACUAAUAAUUUUAGUGAAGAUAAUAUAUUAGGGAGAGGAGGUUUUGGUGAAGUGUUCAAGGCAGUUCUAGAUGAUAACAACAUUGUGGCAGUUAAGAAAAUUGAAGUAGGGCAUACUAAUAAAGCAAAAGAAGAAUUUGAAAAUGAAGUGAAACUUAUAAGUAAUGUUCACCACCGAAAUCUUCUCCGUCUCCUGGGAUGGUCCAGUGAAGGAUCAAAUCUACUUUUGGUCCUGGAAUACAUGCCAAAUGGCAGCCUAGACAGAUUCUUAUGGGGUUCAAAAAAGGGGACUUUGAACUGGAAACAAAGAUAUGACAUAAUAUUUGGGUUUCAGCCAGAUGAUCUAACUCAUAUUAGCACCAAGUUUGCUGGGACAUUGGGAUAUACAGCGCCAGAAUAUGCACUCCGUGGUAUUUUAUCGAAUAAAGUUGAUACUUACAGCUUUGGUAUCGUGAUUCUUGAAAUUAUUAGUGGACGAAGGUGUACUGACAUGAACACUGAAAAUCCAUCCAUGGAUUACCUCCUAAAAAACGCUUGGAAGUCAUACGAGAAUAAGAAUCAUAUUAAGUUUAUUGAUGAGACACUGGAUGUGAACCUUAACCAAGAGGAACAUAUGAUGCAAAUCAUUGAGAUUGCUUUGUUAUGCACUCAAUCACCAGCUUCUAAAAGACCAACCAUGUCAGAAGUUGUUUCGAUGCUAACAAAUCGCCAAUCUGUGGGGAAUAGACAGCUUACCAGACCUGCUCCCAUUAAUCAAGAUAGGAGGAUUCAAAUAGGCUCUUCAAAUAAGGCAAACAACAUUGGUAUUUCUGGAAUACCAAAGGAAUUAGAGGCAAAAGAAAGUGCAUAAGUAUAUGAAAAAGUUGACAUGAUGGAGAAGGGGUUCAAGAAUAUAGCAACAGUCAAGUAAUAUUUUUCUUCAAAACAUGAUAGUCCUUAUGUUAUCCACAAUGGAGGUUGAAUGAAAUGAGUUGAAUGGAGUGCCAUGUAGGAGAGAGAACAUGUGUUUUGUAUUCAAUUCAUAAAAAAGCAAACAUUUUACACUAAGAACUUCUAUGAUGCGUUCAAUCUUCAUUGAACUUUACCCUCUCUCUC